AUGGCGGCCCUGAAAGAUAUACUGCCCCCCGUGAAGUCGACAUCUGCAACCUUCUACGACCACAGCAAGGAUACGUGGUUCAAGGAUCGUUACAGUGGCUCCGCCGCGGCGGACGGCGAUCGCUCGGCCGCGGUGAAGCCGAAACCUGUGCCCCCCUAUGGGAAGCGAUCGGGGUUCGUUCCCCGGAAGCCUGAGGAAUUCGGCGACGGCGGGGCCUUCCCGGAGAUCCAUGUGGCGCAGUAUCCCCUUGGGAUGGGCCGCCGGGACGGGAAGGGCGGGUCCCAGAUACUUCCGCUCACCGUCGAUGCCCAGGGCAAGGUCCGGUUCGAUGCUGUCGUCAAGCAGAGCGAGAACGCCUCGAAGAUCGUUUAUUCGCAGCACAGGGACCUCGUCCCGAAGGUCGUCGUAGGCGAGGAUGGCAAGGACGAGGAAGAAGUGGAGAAGGAGAUCGAGGAGACAACUCAGCGCACCAAAGCCGCGCUUGAAAAAAUCGUCAAUGCCAGGCUUAGCGCCGCCCAGCCGAAGAACGUCCCAACACAGUCGUCGGAGUCCAAGUUCAUCAAGUACAAGCCAUCACAGCAGUCGUCGGCCUUCAACUCUGGCGCGAAGGAAAGAAUCAUCCGGAUGGUGGAGAUGCCCGUUGAUCCGCUGGAGCCUCCAAAAUUUAAGCACAAGCGAGUUCCUAAGGCGUCAGGGUCCCCCCCCGUGCCAGUCAUGCACUCCCCACCCAGACCAGUGACCGUGAAGGACCAGCAGGACUGGAAAAUCCCACCUUGUAUAUCAAACUGGAAGAACCCCAAGGGCUACACGAUCCCUCUGGAUAAGCGUCUUGCUGCAGAUGGCAGGGGCCUGCAGGAGGUGCAGAUCAACGACAACUUUGCUAAGCUAUCUGAGGCGUUGUAUGUGGCCGAACAGAAGGCUAGGGAGGCCGUUGCGAUGAGAUCGAAGGUUCAGAGAGAGUUGAUGAUGAAGGAGAAGGAAAGGAAGGAACAAGAGCUCCGCGCUUUGGCCCAGAGAGCACGAUCAGAAAGGACUGGUAUCGCUCCAGCUCCCACUGCUGCUGCUGCUCCAUCCGCUGGCAUUAUGAUGGAGGAUGAUGACGAUAUGAGUGUAGAGCGUAUUGAAAGGCCAGUAAAGGAGACGAAAGAGGAGAGGGAGCAGAGACUGGAGCGUGAGAAGAUUCGUGAGGAGAGGCGACGGGAAAGGGAAAGAGAGAGGAGACUGGAAGCCAAGGAAGCUGCAAUGGGUAGGAAGAGCAAGACAACAAGGGACCGGGAUCGUGAUGUCAGUGAGAAGGUUGCACUUGGUAUGGCUAGCACUGGAGAAGGACGUGCUGGAGAAGUUAUGUACGACCAGAGGCUUUUCAACCAGGAUAAGGGGAUGGACUCUGGGUUUGCUACGGAUGAUCAGUACAACGUAUACGACAAGCACUUGUUUACAGCGCAGCCUACGCUGUCAACACUCUAUAGACCCAAGAAAGAUGCAGAUGGUGAUAUGUACGGGGGUGCAGAUGAGCAGCUAGAGAAGGUUCUGAAGACAGAAAGGUUUAAACCUGACAAGGCGUUCUCAGGCACAUCUGAUAAGGCAUCAGGCAGCAAGAGAGAAAGGCCUGUAGAAUUUGAGAGACAGGAAGAGAACGACCCAUUUGGGCUAGACGAAUUCCUGACAGAAGUGAAGAAAGGGAAGAAGGCUAUGGAGAAAAUUGGGAGUGGGGGCACAAUGAAAGCAAGUGGUGGAGGGUCAUCGUUUAGAGAGGAUUAUGAAGGUGGAGGAUCUGGGAGGACACGUGUAGCAUUUGAAAGGGGAGGUCGAUGA